UCAGUAACGUACAGGUCACCAAACCGAGCACAUCAAAAAUCAACUUUCGGCAGCAUUUUAAAAAAGUUUACAAAUUUCGAAUUACCAAAUUUCGAGACAAAAUUCAUCGACGAAUUUAUUCAAGACACAACAGCACAGCGAUGUCGAGCGAGUUGUCCCUCUGGAACGGCCAGCCAGUCAAUGCGCCCAUCUUUCCCCAGAUGGGUGAUGCCAUGAACGCCGGCCACGUCGGUGGCCAGUGGUCGCCCAGUGCGGCGGCACCAGCAUCCAGCGGUCCAAGGACUCAACCGAUGCCGCAGGGCAUGGGCGACUUCCAGCCGAUGAGAUGCCCACCAAUGCCACCCAACUUCUUUGGCCAGCCGCAGGGCAUGGGAUCUGGAUUCGGAGAUGAUCAGGGACCCUGCGAACCGUGCAUCGAUAAUGGAGAAGCCUUCUGCGCCUACAACGACUUGGAUAUGAACUGUGGCGGCAGAAUUAAGGGCGAUUUCUGGUAGGAAAUCCGUUGUCCCAUCCAAGACCUUCUUGUUCACAAAGUCGUUGGAAUAAAUAUCGCAUUGUGAUCUUUUUGCUAG